CAGCACUCUUCUGGCAACGCUCUUUUCACCUUGAUGGUUGCUGCUUGUCUUUUCCUUCUGGCAGAAACACGUUAUCUGCAUGGAGAAAGACUGGAUUUACUGGGAAGGAAUGAUAAGUAUGUGUCUCUGGUCAACUUCAGCAUCCCUGAGCUAUGUCAGUUCACAGUGUGCGUUGACCUAAACCGGACUGCCAAUGUCAGCUCUUGGGCAGCCUUUUCCUAUGAUGUUGACACCACCUCCACUGACAUAAAUGACUUAGAGCUUGGACUCUCUGGAGAAAACAAGCACUUGAGACUGUAUCUUUUUGGCACCAGACGAGACAUUGAGAUCGAUCUGGCCCUUUUUGUGUGGUAUAGCGUGUGCUGCUUGUGGGACACCAGAAGACAACUGCUGGAGGUCUACUGCAAUGGUAAUCGCGUGCAUAACGAAACCAUUGGCAGCGCUGAGUGCCUGAAACCCAACGGUAGCCUGGUGCUGGGUCAUCUGCACAAAAGAAAGGAUGGCUUUAUUGUGCGGGUAAGCAACAGCUUCAUUGGCAGCUUGUACUACUUCCAAAUGUGGGACCGUGUGAUAGGUCAGGAAGAGCUGCUGGACUGCGCCACGGGCAAUAUUGUCAGCUGGAAGGAAGAGUACUGGAACUUCAGCAGCAUCCUUCCCAUUGCAGACCAUCGCCUGCGCUGUGCAGGCUCGAGUGAAGCAUCAUCCACAACGGCUCCUACGCUACCCCCAUCACCUCCGACCAGUAGUACCAAUGGUACCAUUCUACUCAGCUUCUUCAAAGUUGACAUGAACUUUUCUCUUUGCUACAAAACGGAGAGAGCUCCUGAUUACUAUGAUGCAAGGAAGCUUCUUGAAAACUGGUUUAGUAUCAUAUUUACUGGAGAAGAAUUUGUGGUGACAAACUUUAAAGUCAGGGGUAAUUACCCACAAAGCAGUGUCUAUAAGAGGGCUCACAUGAAGGUAAAUCAGAUGUCACAAAGCUACAUCUGCAAGGCCAUUAUAAAGGCCAUAUCACUUGAAAUACAAGAAGUGCUGAGUCUCAAGAUCAAACAGUUAUUGAAUGAUACUUACGAAGAGGGACCAUUAUCCUUAUACGUGAAGCCUGAAGAUGUGGCUGUCAAGCCAAUAGCACUAAUGGAUUGUCCAGAAAGCUCUUCACACACGAGAGACAAGGGGAAUUAUUCCUGGCCGCUAACAAGUCCAGCUACCAAAGCGGAGGUCAGCUGCAGGAAAAACCCUCUGCAGUCUGCUCAAAGGAGCUGUGCAAUUAAUAUUGAACUUGAGCAAGCUUUCUGGGAGAAACCAAAUAUGACUGAAUGUAAAUUACUGGAAGAACUUCCAAAUAAUAUUUUAGACCUCCAUGAUAUCACGAUAACAGAAGAGAAUGCACAAGAUGUUGUACAGCAUAUUUUAUACCUCUUGCCAGAUGCAACGCUGCAUAUGGAAGAAUUAGAAAUCAUUGCAAGUAAAAUUUCUGAUAUCGUAAGGCUUGCAGAUAUGAGCAUGACACUUGCAGAGACUAUAUUGUCUAUACUAAACUAUAUUUUGCUGCAAGAAAUAGAAGAUGAGGACAUUAGAAAACUGACCAAUAGUAUCCUGAAGACAACCGAGGAGAUAGGCUAUAAGGUGACUUACACAGAAAGAAAUACGUCGGUCAUAACCACUUCCUUGGCUUUGUUGGUGAUGCGUCCAGAUCCCAGCGUGUUUGAAGGACUGGCCUUUGGCGUUACCUCCUACGACAGAGGUGUGGAUCUCAAGAUCAAUGUUCAAGAAAACCCUUUCAAAAAGGCCUUGGCCUCAGUGUUUUUGCCAAAAUCACUUAAGAAAUUCCUAGGGAUCGAGCACUCUGACCCAGACAAGCAUUCGAAGAUCCAGUUUAAUUUUUUUGGCACUACUUCACUCUUUGCGGAUGACAGUUUAACAAAGGAGAGGUUGAAUACUUACGUUGUGAGUGCCAGCAUUGAAAAUGCAUCAAUUCAGAACCUUAAUGAGCCUGUGACUAUUACUCUUCAGCACAUAGACCAAAAUACGGGUAAUGCAGCCGUGCACUGCGUCUUUUGGGACUUUUGGAAGAACAAUGGACUGGGUGGUUGGAAUACAUCGGGGUGUGAAAUGGAAUAUACAGAUAUGAAUUACACAAUCUGUUUUUGUAACCAUCUUACCCAUUUUGGAGUCCUACUGGACUUGUCCCGGACACAGAUAGAUAUCACACAUGAUCGUAUAUUAACUCUGAUAAGCUAUGCAGGAUGUGGUGCUUCUUCCCUUUUUUUGGGUAUAACACUGGUGACAUAUCUAGCAUUUGAAAAGCUGCGGAGAGACAACCCUUCAAAAAUCCUGCUCAAUCUUUGUGCCGCACUGCUGAUGCUGAACGUGGUCUUCCUCAUCAACUCCUGGCUGUCCUCGUUCAACCAGCCAGGUUUCUGUAUCACCGUGGCCGUGCUCCUUCACUAUUUCCUUCUUGCAGCUUUCACGUGGAUGUGCCUGGAGUCUGUUCACUUCUACCUGGCUCUUGUCAAAGUUUUCAAUAUUUAUGUCCCAAAGUACAUCCUAAAAUGCUGUAUUGCUGGCUGGGGAAUACCAGCUAUUGUAAUUACUAUUGUGCUUAUUAUAAAUAAAGACUUCUAUGGCAAUGGAUCACAUUCUGAGAGCAAUCCCUUCAGCAAUUUUUGCUGGAUUCAGGAGAACAUGGUGUUCUACAUCUCCGUUGUGGCCUACAUCUUCUUAAUAUUUUUGACGAAUACAGCCAUGUUCAUCACUGUUCUCCUUCAAAUCCGUGCCGUGAAAACAAGGACACAAAAGAGAUCCAGAUUCUGGAAAAAGGGUUUUCUUCAAGACCUCAAAAGUGCUUUCAGCUUGAUGCUCCUUUUGGGCUUAACCUGGGGCUUUGUCUUUUUUGCCUGGGGAGCAGUGAGGAUAUUUUUCUUGUAUCUCUUCAGCAUUUUUAACACCUUGCAAGGGUUCUUUAUCUUUGUGUUUCACUGCCUAAUGAAGGAAGAAGUAGUGAAGCAGUGCCGACUACACUUUUGCUGGGGAAGAUUUCGUCUGAGUAAUUAUUCUGAGUGGAGUGGGUCAGGUGCAACUGCUGGAUCUACACCAAGGCGCUUAAACCACAAAUCACCGUCCCAGGCUUUGUGGAGCCUAAAUUCUAAUGGAACAAGUUCAACUUUCAAUGGUUCGGAUUUCCUUCCCAGGACUUCUCCGGAUAUAAAUUUUAGGAUCGCUGAAGUUCAUUACAACCCCAGUGCUGUACCUCCAGAAGAUGCUGAGACCAAACAUCCUUGUUCACGAAGAAUACUACCCAUGGAUACAGGGCACUAUCCACUGAAAGCAAGAUUUUUUCAUUGAUACUGAACUUGUUUUCUUCUGAUUAUCUAAUGAUGGUUCUCUUUUGUGGCAUGUAGAAAUAAACAUUCAUCUAAAUAAUUACUUCUAAUGUACAAUUAUCACUCUGAACACAAUUAUGGAGCUAAAACAUCCCAUGAUUCAACUCACUAGGCUUCAGUGGAGUGGCAGUACUGACCACAUAAGGAUGUGGUCUCCCUGUGUUUCCAGGAUUAGACCUCAUGUUAAACAGAGACUGGAAACAUUCUCUUCCUCAUCAUUAGCCCUUCUCAUAGUUUGUCCUCUUUUUUUUCUCUUUACACCCUCCUGCCAUACCUCUGCUCCCUUCUUCAUCUAAUACUUAUCCUCAGAACCUAAUAUGCAUAAUAUUGAGUUUCAAGUCAUAUUUUUGAGCCUGUUGGCUGUCUCGGGCAUGGAUGUCUAGGCUCCUCAAUAAGUAUCUUUCAUUACUUUUUCUGAGAUGGACUUUGAUCAACUUACAAAUUAAGAAAUUGGACUCAGCUUUCCAAGAUGUUCCUUUCAGUUGUAUGUUUUUAUUUUCAGACGUGCUGGCACUGUUGACUUGGAUUUAGAUCUCUAAAGAGAUACACAUGUUGUUUAAUUGUUUGAAAAUGUUGCCCAGUACCUUCAAAUGGAAUGUGGAAACAAGAAAAACUGAAAUUCCUGCCUCUAAUGAGUAUCCAUGUGUACGAUACAGGUUUCAGAUUACCUCUCCUGCAAAAAAAAAAAAAACCAAAACAACCAACCCCAGAACAAUAGCAGAUAAAAUCCUACCAUCUUUGGAGGUAGUGAUUAAGAAGUUUGUCCUUUAGUAAUACUUUGGUGUGAAUACAGCAGGAGGUAAACUCCAUUUCAUAACAUCACAAGAGAGACUUAACCUUCCUCUCCUACUAAAGAGGGGCUUUCCUUCAGCAAAUGUGUUUGAAUUGGUAACUUGCCUGCUCAACCAAAUCCUAGUUUCAGUUUUGAAUGCCGUUCUCUGUAUCAUUCAAGUGAAGAUUUUUUAAUGAUUGCUAAUAUUAUAAAAUACUAACCUGUACCGAUGACAGAGAAGUAAGAAAAUACAAAGGAGCAAUGUCUUAGAGCUGGUAUGUAUGAUAGCAAAUACAAAAGGUUCUUUCAUUCUGUGAAUAACUCCCACACAGCAAUUAGUGGAAAAAGAUGAGUAUUUCAAUAUACAGUAGCUACAGCCAGCCUACUUGAAAUUAGACAGAUCACCUUCACUUCCUUGGCUUUCUGGGAGAAACGUUAGCGUUAAAAACAUGCAAACGAGUUCCACCUCAUACCCACUUGUUUCUAACUUGAAAUUGCUUUCAAUGACAAAGAAAUUUAAUAUAAAAUACAGUUAAGUAUGUCAGACACUUGAACUAUCAUCCUCUGCUUGUAUUCUUUAUUUUCAUUAGUAAACUCUUUGUUCCACAAUCUGCUGCUGAAUACAGCUUUUCCCUGCUUUGCAAUGAGAAGCAGGACAUGAUGUGCCAUGGUGCUGCGUGCUAAAGCUGUGCCUGACUCCGCUUGCAUCCCAACCCGGCUGCUGCACACCCCAGGGGGGUCCUGUGAGGGCCAGGAAGGAGGCUGCGGAGGUCUUCGGAGGAACCAGAGCUUUAGUCCUCCUGAGUCCCUUUUAUACCAGUUUGUCUCUAUGAUAUCUGUACGCCUAGGUGGAUGGACAGUCUGACACUGUUUCCUUCUCUACCACCCUGCUUCGACCCCCACUGUCCUCCUUCGUGCAGUAAUUCUUUCUGCAUACACUUUACGGGACAGAAGGUAAUAGGCUUAAAUUUAGACUAGGCAUUAGGUAACAGUUUCUAAUUUUAAGGAAUAAGUGGUCUAGAGUGCACAUGGAAUUGCCAUCAUUGCAGGACUUAAAAAUACUCAUAGUGGUACGACAUACCUGCCAGAAUUGGUAUAAGUAAAGUUGAUUUUGCCUUAGGGCAAAAAGGAUGGACUGGAAGAACUGUUGAAAGUCCUCCCAACUCUGUUUUCUAUUACUCUAAUUUAAAAUAAAAAGGCAGCAAAAGAGGAUCAAUAUGAGAGCAACACGAGACUGGCCUUGUCUCCUGCAUACUGUAAUUGUUUUAUUACAUACCUGAUAAAAGACAAAAUGUACCUUGAUUUUCUGAAGUUUUUCCUAAAUGCCCUUAUAACAUUAUUAAAUGAUUAGGAGCAGUAAAGAUUUGGAUAAAAGCUGGACAAGCAGUAAGAAUAGUGCUGGAAAUCUUAAGACUUCUCAGGCUGCCGAGAAAUGGCUGGAAAUGCCAUUUUUUGGGCAGAUCCGUCAGCAUGUUUCCUGCUUCAGAGGUAUAACAGUGGGAAGAAGAGCAAGCUGCAUGGCAUGGAGUGAUGUCAGGUCUCCAUUCUUGCUAUUGAUUUUUUUUCUAUUCAAAAAGCAAAAUUUGGAAGUAAAUUUUUAAAAACCUGUCAACUUGCUUAUGUAAAAUGCAAAGUGCUAUUUGUUCUGCAAAGGUGGUUAGCUCACUUCCACUCUCCAUCAUAUGCCUAAUGGCUUUUCCAGCUAAACAGUGUAUCAUUUAUGUUUCAAGCAUGGCAUUGUUUAGGUUGUCAGGCGGAAUGAAGAUGUAUAAUUUUCUUUGGGCUGAAAUAAUAUCUUCUGUGUCGGCACCACUACAUUUGCUCUUCUCCAACAUAUCUACGCUGACAUUCUGUCACAGAAUUGUGCACUGAUGGUUUUCACAGGGAGAGGACAUGCACAAAGUAAAAUCUAAUAAAAAAUUGCUUUGCGCUUCUGA